CACUAUGAGCUUCCUGGUGGUGUACAUCCAGUGUGCAGAAAUCUAUCCAACAACUCACCGAGCUGCUGGGACAGGAUUGUCAUCCCUUAUUUCAUCAUCCUUUGGAACUACUGCACCCUAUAUUGCAUUUUUGUCUGAUCGCGGUCCUUGGAUUCCAUAUGUCAUCUUAUUCUCCAUCGGGACUCUUGGCUUCCUGUGUAGUUCCCUCCUACCAGAGACCUUAGAUGCUGAUCUUCCACAGUCCCUAAUAGAUGCCAACACCUUCCUCACAUCUGAGAAAUAUUUCUCUUACAAGGGAAAGCGACCAUGCACAAAGAAAGUUGUUGUGAAUGAGACCUCUAGGCUCAGAGGUGAAGUAAAUUUGGCACAUUCCGAGAUUAACAUUUCAAACACUAAUGGUAAGGAUGACUGAUGUAUAUAUCUGUCUCUUUAUUACUAUUGAGAAUGUGUUAAGGAAAAUUAAAAUAUAUCACGAUAGUUACAAUUAGCUGCAUGUUAAAUGCUAUAUAUCAUUGUAAUUUAGUUAAUCAUUAUAGUAAAAUGCAAAAUAUAUUAUUACAAUUCUUAUUGGUAAUAUGAGUAAGGUGACACUACAGUCAUUCACCAACUUAGUAACAC